UUAUCGGUACUUUAGCUCCACCUAGCAUUUCCUAUCUACGCGCUAAAUUGCAUUAGCUGCAGCCCAGAAACGAAAGUGUAAGCCAUCCGUUUCAGUGAAACUAUCCGCCGACUUCGGUCCUCGAUCGCAAUGGAUUUUUAUUAUGAGAUGACGGAUGAUAAUGAGGAGGAGCAGUAUCCCCAGAACACCCCAGUCAAUGGGAAGUAUUAUGAGUGGCAGCUGUCAGUUGGCCAUCAGUGGCUGAAAAUUGAAAAUGACCAUGUGAUUGAGACCCACUACUGCCACCCAGGAGCCAAGGGAAUCAGUAUCAAUACAAGCCAUGGGGUGGUGUUCAUAGAUUUUGAUACGUUACAGGCUAAUAAUCCAGGUAUAAAGGUGCAGAGACUAAGCUUCCUUCCUCGGGGGCAGACGGAAGACAUAGGCUGGUACUUCAGGGAUGACCAGCUGUGGUGUGAAUAUGGAACCCAGGGUUCCAACACGCUGUCAUCAUCAGUCAGCAGUAGAGAUGUUGAACAGCAGUUUACCACGAACCCUCAGGGAACCUUCAGAUUUACAGUGGGCCAUACACCCUACUUGAUCGAUUUCUCCACCAUGACGCAGAGAAACCUCAUCACAGGCUUACAAAGGAGGCUGCGCAGGCGUCCAAAAUUGUCGUCCAACACUGGAGCAGUUAGCUUGACCUCAGCCCUGCCUACAACUUCCUCCUCGCAGACCGGUGUUGUGGGCUACAGGUGGGAAUUCAUGGGAGUCGGAGAGCAAUGGACAGAAUACCAAGCACAUAUAUGUUCAUUUGACAGCGCCGCUAUUGAGAGACAGUACCAGCUGAACAAACAGGGCACACUGAACUUCAAGAUUAACAGAUAUUCAUACACACUGGACUUUUCAGGUAUGUACCAAGUCAAUAACAAGUUUGGAACAAGAAGAUCAGUUAGAAGGACUCCUAUAUAUGGUGUUCAGCACAACAUCAGUUCAGGCCCUCAGGCACAAUGGCAGUUCCUAGAUAUGGAUGGAUCAUGGAAAGAUUAUUCCAAAGGAAUAUGCAGCACAUCCAGUCAGGAGAUUGAGUUCCAGUACAAACUGAACCCAUCAGGAACUAUGACAUUUUCCACCAGGAACUUUAGCUAUGAGUUAAGCUUCUCAGCCAUGACUCAGAGAAACCUGAGGACAGGCACAACCAGAACGGUGAGAAGACUUAAUCAGUGACUGAGUGGACAACAGAUUUGUAGGUCGGGGGUCAACUUAAUGAUGAUCCUACCAGUUGUGUCACUCCCCACCUCAGGUUGGCUCUCAUGUCACAAGCUGCCUCCUCCCUUUCUGCCUUCUUUAACUAAACAAGAGGUGAUCGACAUUUACUGAAGACAUGUUGUUUUCAAUGGAAGCGUUUUUUUGUUUUUUUUGUUUUUUACAUUUAAGAUGACACUACAUCUAGUGUUAAGCAGUAAAAUGUAUUUCCUUUACCAGUUUUCUACAUUUCUUGGAUUAGGGCUGGUUUUAGCUUAUUCCAUAUUUAAAUAAGGGGAAUCGUUUACAAAUAAAUCAGUGGGAGGAAAAAAACUUCAGUUAACUUUACGCCUUUUGUUAACUUAACUAUGGUUUCAUAAAAUGCGUCAUGCCUUAGUAAAUCUUCAAAUAUUCACAAGUUCUUGUAAUGACUGGAAUUUUUAAACGUUUCCCUUUUUUAUCCUUUAUCUUUAGCAUGCAUGUUUUUAAGAAUUUAUUAAAAGUGCCUUUUAAUCAGUGCACUUUGGCUUGUGUUUACUUUCCUUAAUUGAGGUUCCUUACAUUUACAUUCCAAAAUCUAAAUUGGUGUUUUAAAGUCCUCAAAGAAAUAACCACUAUAUAUGGUGUACAGAUGUACAUAUGUACAAAUCUUCAACCUAAGAGACCAGCACUGUGACACAUAAAACAAAGCCUGUAUUACACAUACAGGACAGCAGUUGUAUACAAGUAAUCUUGUAGAAGAAUAAGCUUUCAGUUUCUCCUUUGAGCUUCUGCUAGGAUGCAUCCACAUGUUGAUCUAAGGAUAACAAACGUCUACUUGAAGACAUUUUUACUCUUGCAUGGGAAAAAUGGGGAAAUUAACAGAACACAAAGAUUCAGUUGAACAAUUAAGACUCCCAUUAGUAGCAUUUUAUACAAAAAAAAAGGUAAUGUAAUAAAAGAUAACACAUUUCAAAUUGUUAGCAACAAUCAUCAUCUGAGGAAUCACAGUGUGACAAAGGUCAUUACAAAAAUGCUUGUGUCACAUAGCAUUCUGUAAUAACUUUUUCCUCAAAUAUUUUAUAUUCCAUGUUUGUUUUUGGUGUUUAUAGGGAUGGCUCAUUAGCUGUUUACAUAUUUGCAGGAACAUAUCAAUUUAAGGAAGCAGGAAAGACCAGAAAACCAACACAGAAUACAGCCUUUGUGCAUUAGCGUAGUAAUAGUAUAUCCUAAUUUAAAUUAUGUAAAUGUUGUAGUGCAGGGGUGUGAAACUUGCAGCCACCCCUACUUACAGCCCGUAUGUUGAUCUGAAGAAAUAUAAUGCAAUUUGUCCCUUGAAGUUACUUUUUUUUGUUAGGGAGGAUUUGCGGGAAAACUGCGUUCACGUUUGCAGUUUUGUCUUGUUAUACAAUACUUGAAAUUUUUUAAAAAAAAACACUGCCUUUUGGAAAUAUUUGUGGGUGUUUUCUUGUUUCUUUUAAAGUGGCCCUCCAAUGAGAUGACAGUGCCAGCAGUGGCCCGCAGCUUAAGUUUGAGACCCCUGUUGUAGUGUGUUGCAAUGUUAGAAUGUAAAGCAUCUCCAGAAGGCUGUUGCUGUAUAAAUGAAACAAAAAUACUUUCUGUUCAUCUAUAAACUUUUAUGUUGAGAAAAAGAAUACAUCUAUUGCCUUAUUUUAUUUUACUGUGGGAGUUUUUUUAAAUUCCAUUCUAUUUCUAUUACAAGGAUACUCAAUUCUGCACUUUAAUAAAGAAAUGCCCUAAAAGUUA